GAUCAUCAGUGUGUAUUUUGCUGCCUAGUUAUCCUAAGUGCCUUGACUGGAGUACCAGGGCAUUUCUGCUCUGUCUCUAAAAAAAUUUUUGGCUGUAAUUUUUUUUUCCAUUUGAGAAGGAAAGAUGUCUACUCAAGGACUAUCCCUGAUUUUCACUCUGUUGUUUAUCUGCUUCUUCAGGGAGAGCUUCUGCAUUUGUGAUGGUACUACCUGGACAAAGGUUGGAUGGGAGAUUUUUCCAGAAGAAAUGCAUUAUUUAAAAGUUAAGACAGCUCCAUCUCACUGUCUACCUUACCCUCUGGACAAACUAUGCUGCAGUUUUGCUAAUAUGGAUAUAUUUCAUGGUUGUUUAAACCUUGUUUAUAUUUUAGUACAAGCUCUCUUUUUAAUCCUGUCUGUUUUGUCUGCACAUUACCUGUGGACGAAGUGGAAGAAACACAAAAAAAAGCUAAAGAAACAAGUCUCCUUGGAUACACCUGGCAACGAUCUAGAAACCCAGUCUGUCUAUGACAUUGACCAAAUACUCUGCAGACUGGUGGCCACAACAUCAAUGAUGACCAAGUACCUGAAUCAGAUGUCCCAUUACCCUCAGGCUAAGAAAGCCAAGCACCGAAAACUAAAAAUAAAGAAGACUGAAGGAGUAGAAGGAGGCAGAGUAUAUUAGACACAUCCAUACGCAAAUAUAACUCAGUCUACUAUGGAGACUAUACAAGAAAUCUAUUGAGGGAAAUCAUAAAAGGACAAAAGUGAUUCUUUGAGAUGCUUUGUAAUUUUGGGGCUAAAUUCUCUACUGAAACUUUCCAACAAAGUCUGUACUGAAAAGUUAUUUCUAUUCAGCUAAAAUAGCAUCCAUGCUUACUAAAAAGUACUAGAGGAAAGACCAUAUACAACCAUCACUCCAUGUUUAAGUGUUCUGUUCUUUUGAAUGUGUUAGAUUGCUAAUCAUUAAGCAAACUGUAGAAGAGAAUCUUGAUUUAGUGUUUCAAUAAAUCUCUGAUUUAAGCAA